AUGGGAGUCCACAUGCAACAGCAUGGAGGCCAGCUCGGGCUGGGCAAAACGUGGCACUUCCUUAGAUGUCUCAUAGACCUCCAGGGCAGCAAAACGACAAAGAGACAGAACCUCAACAAGAUCACCCACACUUGCACGGGAACCGACGACGAAUUCAUUCGCGACAUACAGAACAGAUACAUAGGAAGCAUUACGCGAGAACGACAGAAUGCGUACACGGGCAGGGAAAACCCCGCAUUGUACGAGAUGACGGAGGCCGACGUGAGGGCCGAAAUGCUCAGGCUACGCACAAAGUCGGCACCGGACCCGGAUGGUAUCACGAACAAGAUUCUCCGAAACCUAAGUGACGAAUCUAUCGCGGCAAUAACAAAGUACAUCAACGAGUGCUGGCAGCAAGGCGCAAAACCGCCGCAGUGGAAAACUGCGCACGUGGUGAUGAUCCCCAAACCAGAGAAGAAAAUACUGAUUGAGAACCUCAGGCCCAUCUAUCUAACCUUGUGCGUGGGGAAGCUGAUGGAGCACGUCGUUCUCAUUAGAUUAAGCAACUACAUGGAGGACAGAGUUCUGUAUCCGCUCACGAUGAUCGGGUUGAGGCCGAAAAUGUUCACGCAGGACGUCCUGCUCCAAAUCAAACAUCAAAUCCUCGACGCGCGGGGCAGAGUAACGGGGCCGAAAGCCAUCUUAGGGCUGGACCUCACCAAGGCCUUCGUUAAUAUUACGCACAAAGUGGUUUUAGGGAACCUCCAGGACCUGGGGGUAGGUCGCCAGGCCUACACCUACGUCCGGGAUUUCUUCUCGAACCGCACAGCUCAAAUCACGAUAGGAGAAAUCAAGUCGGAUGACAUAUAA